CGCCGGCGGGGCGGGGCAGGGAGGAUGCUGCGGCCGCCGCGGGGCGAGGCGGUGGCACGGCACGGUACGGAGGAUGCGGCAGCGGCAGCAGCAGCAGCAGGCGGAGGAGCGGGGAGCGAUGCGGUGCUGCGCGGCAGGGCCCUGGCCGCACAACGGGGGCGCCCUCACCACCCUCCUGCUGACAGCUUUUUUGUUAAGCCCUGCUGAUGGCAAUAAUGGAACAGUUAACUGGACGACUAAGCAAGCCCACAGUUAUAUUAUCAGCAGAAUAAAGGCUGUUGAGAAGAAUGUGUACACGAUUCUGUCUAAGGUGCACUCUGAUCGGAAUGUAUACCCUUCUGCUGGAGUUCUUUUUGUUCAUGUUUUGGAGAGAGAGUACUUUAAGGGGGAAUUUCCUCCUUACCCAAAGCCUGGUGAAAUAAGUAAUGAUCCUAUAACAUUUAAUACCAACUUAAUGGGUUACCCUGACAGACCUGGAUGGCUGCGCUAUAUACAGAGGACACCGUACAGUGAUGGAGUGCUGUAUGGCUCACCAACUGUAGAAAAUGUGGGCAAACCAACCAUCAUUGAGAUCACUGCAUAUAACAGGCGUACCUUUGAGACAGCAAGACAUAAUUUGAUCAUUAAUAUAAUGUCAGCAGAAGAUUUUCCUUUACCGUAUCAAGCGGAGUUCUUCAUAAGGAAUAUGAACGUAGAGGAAAUGUUAGCAAGUGAAGUUCUUGGAGACUUUCUUGGAGCAGUGAAAAAUGUGUGGCAGCCAGAACGCUUGAAUGCCAUAAACAUUACUUCAGCCCUCGACAGAGGAGGGAGAGUUCCACUCCCUAUUAAUGACAUGAAAGAGGGUGUGUAUGUUAUGGUUGGGGCUGAUGUCCCGUUCUCUUCGUGCUUACGAGAAGUAGAAAACCCACAAAAUCAGCUAAGAUGCAGUCAAGAAAUGGAGCCUGUAAUAACCUGUGAUAAAAAAUUUCGUACUCAAUUCCAUAUUGACUGGUGUAAAAUCUCUCUGGUUGACAAUACAAAACAAGUUUCCACCUUUCAGGAAGUGAUUCGUGGCGAGGGGAUAUUACCUGAUGGUGGAGAAUACAAGCCACCUUCUGAUACACUGAAAAGCAGAGACUAUUACUCGGAUUUCCUAAUUACACUGGCAGUGCCCUCGGCAAUAGCACUGGUGCUUUUUCUAAUACUUGCCUAUAUCAUGUGCUGCCGACGGGAAGGAGUGGAAAAGAGAAACAUGCAAACACCAGACAUCCAGUUGGUCCACCACAGUGCUAUACAGAAAUCAACCAAAGAGCUUCGUGACAUGUCUAAAAAUAGAGAGAUAGCAUGGCCGCUUUCGACGCUUCCUGUAUUUCACCCCGUUACCGGUGAGAUUGUGCCGCCCCUUCACCCAGACGCCUACGAUAACACCAGUAUGCCACUGAUGCAAACACAGCAGAACCUGCCACAUCAGACUCAGAUUCCGCAGCAGCAGAGUGCAGGAGAAUUUCGUAUGACAACAUUUCAAAGAUUUGAGGUAAAUGGUAUUCCUGAGGAAAGAAAACUAACAGAAGCAAUGAAUUUGUAAUCAGAGAAAGCAGCAAAACUGUCUUAUUUCCUUAUUUGCUCUGAUUGAUGCAUGAGUUUUUCUGGUGUCUAUUGUGCAUGCCCACAGUAUUAAGAUGAUUUCCGUGCCAGAGAGUACAAUCACUUCCAUAUAACUAAUGUACUGUAUCCUUUUGUACUUUGGACAUUUUUGACAAUUUGUAAACACUGAUAACUUUUUAUAUUUGUUACAUUCAGAAAAUAAUCUUUCAGAUAUAUGUAUUAAUAAAUAUCAAACUUUAUUCUGUCUUGUGAUCUCUCCUGAAAGUUUUAACAGGGAAAUCAAAGCUUCAAAACAAACACCAGGUUCAAAGGAUUUCAGCCUCUGUUCAAUGGGAUGAUACAAUGGCCUUACAUUUGCACAUGAAAAGCAGUAGUGUAGAAGCAUGAAAACUUGUGCAGUAUGAUGAGGCUCAGAAAUACUAUUCCAGAUUUAUUAGGCAUUAAUUUCAUAGUGAUUAUCAAAAUGUAAUGAGCAAAGUUAUUUUUCUGAGGAAAAAAAACCCCAAACAAAACCAAACCAAACCCUCAAACUAUUCCUGUUGAAAAUUGGAUUUCUGUUCCUUUACCAGAUAUUUAAACUGUUUGACAACCUGUAAGCAAUAGAACAUUUAAAAUCUGUCCAUUCAUUCAUCUGGUUAUGUUAGAAGAAACUGUUACAAACUUCUGUAGGCAGAAAUUAAUGUCUGCAAAUAAAUAAGGAUAAAUUUUGUUACGGUAUACAUGGACUAACUUUUAACUCUUUAACAAUACUUUUUUCCCCCCUGAUAUUACUGAUGCUCCGAUGCAGGUUUUUUUUUUUUUUUUCAUAUCCUCCACAUUCUUUGUUCUAUUUGGACCAAAAACAGUUGUGGGAGAACUAGCUAUCCAAUAAACCAAGGAUUAUUUUUUUAGCAUCUUAAAAAGGAGUUGAUAGAACACUUCCUUUCCUGGGAGGUAGUUACUUUGAGAGGCGUUUGUCUCUGCAGCUGAAAGCUUCAUAACAUGAACUUUGUUAAAAGGAACUGAACCGAGGUUUAUCCUUUUUUUUCAAUAGAUGGCGAUGAUUUACUUCCUGAUACUGUUUUGCAUAUUUUAAAUGAUUUUUUUCUGCUGCAUAACACAGGACUUCAAGGUCUCCCCCUGUAACAGCUCACACCAACAGUUCUUGGGGUUUUACCUCAAAGCAUCAUACUAGUUUAAGCUGACACUUACACUUUGUCUUUUUUUCUGUAAUAUUUUCUCUUUCAGAAGCCGUAUGUUCAUCAGGACAUUGCAUUGUAAGCAGAAAGCUGCGUCUGCUUUAAAAUUGCUAAAUGCUGGCUACAUUUCCUUAGCUGAGGUUUCUGAGGUCUCUGCUAAGAGAAAUUCUGAGUAAGUGAGGAAUUUAAGACUGAGGGUAAAAAGAAACUGUAAAAUAAGGUUAUUGAAGUUUGCAGAAAGACCUAAGUAGUCGCUUUUUUUUUUGCUUUUUUUUUCUUUCUCUUGUUACAGUUAUGACCCUUUUCCUUCAAAACACAAAACCUUAUUUUAUGUUCAUUUUUAAGCAGGCAAUGAUAUGUUUAUAGGCUUGGACCUGAAUGCAACACCUCAGCAGAUACUCAAAACAAGUCCUGAGCUGCUUUUUGGCACGUUUGUGCAACAAGUAUGCUAACUAUUGCAACAAAGGAUAUAGUCUGUGCACUGUACUGAGCACAGUCUGGGGCAUCAUCAAGCCUUAAACACCAGAGUUUGCGAAGCUGCCCUUAAUGCUAAGCACAACCUACAGAGUAUGUUAUACAACUGCAUCUAGCCAUAGGAAAACUGCCAGUGAUUACUGUACUACGACAAGUAGCUCAAGCUACAGUUAGUUACGCAAGUUGAAAAGCUAAGACAGUUUCUGCAACAGUUGGAAUAAAGAGCCAUUCCUACUUACUUUCAAAGUGGCAUGCAUCAUACCUACCUCAUCCCCAAGGUACCAAGAGCGAGCUUUCACCAGUCAAUUGGCCUCCUAAGAGACCCCUCCCUUUUUCCAGCAGCUUGGAUGCUUGUCAGUGGGAAGUGAAUUAGAAAACUGCACUCUGAGGUCUAUAGCAAAUUAAAAAUUUACCUCUUACCCAAGCUGUGAAAAAAAUUGAGUACAAUCAGCAUUUGGUUUCUACUACUGUUUUCAAAUGUAUGAGCUGUCAGUGCUUUGAAACAAAUGAAUGGAAUGGAUUUUAAAUAAUGAUUUUUUUAAUGCAAUGUAAGACUAAACUUUGUAAAUAGAGUUGGGUUUGGAUCAUGACCAUUUCUGGUAACUUGAGGAUGACAUGACAAUCAAUUAAAUACCAAUUGAGCUGCUCCCAUCUUAUUUGUACAAGUAUGUAACAGUGCCAAUAGAGUUAAGGAAAUUUCUUAAACCAUUAUGUACUUGCAUAAAGAAUCAGUUUUUACCACUGGGUGCUCCACCUAUUCUGUAAAGAAUCUAAUGAUGCAGGUGACUUGGGUAUUUUAUGAUUGAAAGUUUCAUUUGAGGUAAGUUUAAUAACAAAUUAUUUAUUUUUACUUAUUAAAAUAAUUACUAUGGAAGAAUAGAUUUAUAAAGCUGGCUAAAGACACUUUAUGGCUCAAGAAUUAGUAAUAGUUGAAACAGUAAAUUCACAGCCUCUUUAAUGAUGCACGCUGACAGUAUGAACUGAUAUUGUAUUGAUUUAAGUGACAGUUGCAACCAAAUUAAAUAGAAAGCACUACAGCUGUCUUUGUAAAUAUAUGACUUGUAAAAAUCUAAUAAAUAGGAAAACAUUAAG